AUGGUAGAGAACAGCUUUCUAAUCUCAUUAGCAGUAGCAAUAUUGGUAAUAUUAGCAAGCUUCUUGAUUUUUCAUAAGAUUCAAAGUAAGCACCAACUGCACAGCUUCUUAAUAGUAGGACCAUCAGGAAGUGGGAAGACGCUUCUCUUUCACUAUUUGACAAAUAGAAAAUUACCAGUUCACUCAGUGACCAGCAUAGAACCUAAUGACACUUAUAACUUUAAAAUCCAAGAACAUCUGAACGAGAUGAGAUUGGUAGACUAUCCUGGGCACAACAAGCUUUUACAGUUGUAUCUUUACACCGACCUCAAUAACCCAGACUUGUUGAAAAGUUGCAAGGGUUUAAUUUACAUGAUCGAUAGCGUGGCAUUUACUCAAGAGUAUUGCGAAUUAGUUGCUCAGCAAUUGUUUCAAAUAUUGAACAGGACGGAGACCUUGCCCAAUGGAGUCGAUAUCCUGCUUGCUUGCAAUAAGAAUGAUCUGUUCAUGGCUAAACCAAUUUUUCAAAUCAAAGAAAUGCUGGAAAAAGAGCUGGAUAACCUUAGACAAAUUAACUUGAAAAACCUAAGUGCUGUUUCUGAGAAGGAUAACGAUAAUGAUUCAUUUUUCAGCAGUGACCGAACAUUCUCUUUUGAUCAGCUGGAGGGAAACUUUGACUUUGUAGGUGGAAACAUAAUCAAAGGGAAUACUGACAAAUGGGAAUGUUGGAUCGCUGAAAGGGCUGUGAAUUAA